CAACGUCAAUCCUGUCAGUCAUUCUAUCAAAGUGGGUGUUGAUUUGUUAUUGGAGUUUUAAAUAGAUUUAAUUUCCAAAUAAAUAAACUUAAAAAUGGUUAUAUACGGUGUUUAUAUCGUUAGCAAAUCUGGUGGACUUAUAUUUAAUUACGACCACAAUAUUCCUCGGGUAGAGACAGAAAAAACCUUUGGAUUUCCUCUCGACAUAAAAUUGCAGUAUGAAAAUAAGAAAGUUAUUGUUGCUUUUGGUCAAAGAGACGGAAUAAAUGUUGGCCAUGUCCUACUGUCAGUGAAUGGGUCACCAGUGACAGGUCGCACCACUGAAGACGGCAGGGAUGUCUUCAAUGUUCUAGAAACUAAGGAAAAUUACCCUCUAAGUCUAAAAUUUGGUAGAGCACGAGCCACUACCAAUGAGAAGAUAGUCCUGGCUAGUAUGUUCUACCCGCUGUUUGCCCUCGCCAGCCAGCUCAGUCCUGUCCCAAAGUGUUCCGGCAUAGAGUCUCUUACAGCAGACACAUUCAAAUUAUCCUGCUUUCAGACAUUAACAGGAGUAAAAUUUAUAAUAGUGACUGACCCCAACAUGCAAGGCUCUGAGGUGGUCCUCAAACGUAUCUACGAGUUGUAUUCGGACUAUGCGCUCAAGAACCCCUUCUACUCUCUGGAGAUGCCCAUCCGCUGCGAGCUGUUCGACACGUCGCUGCACACGCUGCUGGAGCUGGUGGAGAAGUCCGGCACCGCCAACUUAUAGUCGCCGCGCGCACACCGACCUCGUGGCUAUUGAUAUUAUGACGCGUUUUGUUAUGUUCAAACAUUUGUGGUGCUUAAGACUUGAACUAUUUAUUUGUGAGCUCAAGUGUGUAUCAUAUGAUUAGAUUGAACUGACCACUAAACAACAUCAAUACAGAAUAAGAAUAAUGAGAUCUCUUAUAACAUAGUAUUGUAGAAACUGAUUAUAUUUAUAAGAGGAAAGAAAUGAAAGACAUAAUUAGUUUACAAUAAAAAAUUUAUUCA